AUGGGCUGGGUUCACAACGCGAAUCUCGCUAUCGCGAGGGGCCCAGUGGGCCGCUACUUUCGUCUCGAUGGCUCUGGACAUCCCAAAGAGCGCAAAGGCUCCUACUUCUUCACUGAACUACGAGCCGGCCUCGCCACGUUCUUCGCCAUGGCCUACAUCAUCUCCGUCAACGCGAACAUCACCUCUCAGUCCGGCGGGACCUGUGUCUGCCCGCCCGACAGCCCCGACCUCUGCGAUUCGGACCCGGCGUACAUGCUUUGCGUGCAAGAGAUCAACCGCGACUUAGUCACUGCCACUUCAGCUAUCGCGGCACUGACCAGCUUCUGCAUGGGUCUGUUUGCCAACAUGCCGAUUGCGCUGGCGCCCGGCAUGGGGUUGAAUGCAUAUUUCGCAUAUACUGUCGUUGGAUACCACGGUUCUGGUCUCGUGCCCUACGAGGUUGCAUUAACGGCUGUAUUCGUUGAAGGAUUCGUCUUCGUCGCGCUCACCAUCUUUGGGAUCCGGCAAUGGCUCGCUCGCGCCAUCCCAGCCUCCAUCAAGCUCGCAACCGGGGUCGGCAUCGGCCUGUACCUGACCAUCAUCGGCCUCACCUACUCGGCUGGUAUUGGCGCCAUCACAGGAUACAACGCUACCCCCGUCGAACUCGCAGGCUGCGCACCGCAGUUCCGCGACGAGGAGACCGGCUUCUGCCCGAACGCCUACAAGAUGCGCAACCCAACGAUGUGGGUCGGCAUCUUCUGCGGCGGCAUGCUGACGGUGCUGCUCAUGAUGUACCGCGUCAAAGGCGCCAUCAUAAUGGGCAUCCUGCUCGUCUCCAUCAUCUCCUGGCCGCGGGGCACACCCGUCACCUACUUCCCGGAUACCGAGCUGGGGGACAGCAUGUUCGACUUCUUCAAGAACGUCGUCACAUUCCAUCCCAUACAGCGCACGCUCGUGGUCCAGCAGUGGGACAUCAGCGGGUACGGCGCCCAGUUCGGUCUCGCGUUCAUCACGUUUCUCUACGUUGAUAUUCUCGACUGCACGGGGACGCUGUACUCCAUGGCCCGCUUCUGCGGCGCCAUCGACGAGAAGACGCAGGACUUCGAGGGCAGCGCUAUUGCGUACUUGGUCGACGCCUUCGGUAUUUCGAUCGGCUCGCUCUUUGGGUCACCGCCAGUGACCGCCUAUAUCGAGUCCGGUGCCGGUAUCUCCGAAGGCGGCGCCACGGGCCUCACCGCCAUGUUCACCGGCCUCGCCUUCUUCAUCUCCAUCUUCUUCGCGCCCAUCUUCGCCUCGAUCCCGCCGUGGGCGACGGGGUGCACGCUCAUCAUCGUCGGCUCGCUGAUGGCGAAGGCGGCGGCUGAUAUUAACUGGAAGUACUACGGUGAUGCUAUUCCGGCAUUUGUUACUAUCGCCGUUAUGCCGUUUACGUACUCGAUCGCCUAUGGCCUUAUUGCUGGGAUUGUUACGUAUAUUAUCUUGAAUACGACGGUGUGGAUCAUUGAGAAGGUUAGUGGGGGAAGGAUAAAGCCGGCGGAUAAGGAGCUUAAGGAUCCGUGGACGUACAAGAUCCCCGGGGGCCUACUGCCGCCGUGGAUGAUGCGCGCUGCGCACGGCAAGAAGGACUUCUGGAGGGACUGGGACCCGGAGACUAAUGGGGUGGAAGCGGGGAGGGGGUCGAGUAGCUCGAGUGCGGAGAGAAUGGAGGAGAAGGUGAAGGGGCCUGAAGUUGACCAGGCGCUGACUGGUGCGAAGAUGUAG